GGCCUAUCGUGAGCGCCAAGGAUUGGCCAACCUGAGCUGAAGUAGCUCACUUUUUCAACUACGCAUCACCCGAGUCCAAGUUGUCCGCCUCGCUGCCAAGUGUAUUAUUCUCCCUAACGUUUUCCAUCCAAAAAAACAAUUCCCCUUUUCGACAUCGAUUCAUUCGAACGUUAGCUCUAUCUACGAACGCCGAUUAAUCCGAAUCUAGUGGAUUGCGCCUGAUAUCGUGAUCCCUGGACCAUCUUGAGCGGUCCGAAGACGACCCCCUCCGAUUACCGCUAAAUCAUCCAUCCAUUCCUCGUUUCUUAUUUCAUUGCUCCUGGUCCACUUUGGGUCCACCCGCCGUGGUCGACCUCCAUCUUCCCUCUGACUUGAUCCCCUCCUUUCUUCGAAGCUCUCUUCCAUCGUGGCCGUUUAGCCGCGGUUGAGGCGUGGCGUCUUGGUCGGAACCCCCACCGCAGUCAGUAGUGUUUCGUUCAGCCCGGAAGGCUCUUUCGUCGCGGCUGGGACUCCUCCUUGACACGGCCUAGCUCAGCUGACCGCGCCGUCGUUGCUGCGGUUGUUGCUAUUGUCCGGUUGCGCUUGAUCGAGCUUGAUUCGAGUUGACAUUCCCUUGAGCGUCAUGGCGGCCAAUAGCCACAAACACUUUCAAGAUCUCAAUGACGAUUUGGGCACCAUUCUGACGGCUCGGAAGAUCGACCAAAUCGUCGAAGCCGAUGAUGAAUCCCUGGACGGUGAUGCCCCCAUGGCCAAUGGCUCGGGUGAAGGAGCCACGGCUUCCAUGGCUGCCGCUGCCGCUCAAGGCCGGCUCAUGCGUAAACAUCGUAAAGGUCAACGGGCGCACAGCAUCAGUGAGGAGGGUAAAUUCGGGUCCACCAAGGGUGCAGCCGGGACUGCACCUGGCGGGCCCCUCUCGCUUGUGCCCAAUGCACCCGUCCGUUCGGCUAAAAACUCUAAGAAAUCCCGGACCGGCUUCGGUCGAGGCUUGCCCAAAAAAGGUGGAGCUGGUGGCAAAGGUACCUGGGGCAAGCUGGGCUGUGAGUUAGAACUCCCUUGGGUAGACCCUAACGAUCCCAAUUACGAGUCUGAGCAGGAAGCUGCUGCGGAUAAGACCACCAAGAUCGCCGCUCUAGCGCCGGAGAUGAGCGAGGAAGAUGUGCGAAAAGCUGUCGAGCCGUUGAUCCUCGAGUAUUUUGAGAACUCAGACACCAUGGAGGUGUUAUACACACUUCAGGAGAUGCUCAUGAACUUGGGAUCGCACCGGUGGAUGAUUGUAUCCAUUCUCAUUGAGCUAGCGAUGGAUCAUAAGCCAUCCCAUCGCGAGUUGGCCAGUAUUCUGAUAUCGGAUCUCUACCAAAAAGUGAUCUCUCAAAGAGAUAUUGGGAAAGCAUUUGAUUAUUUGUUAAGUCAGCUUACCGACUUGAUCCUGGAUACCCCUGAAGCACCCCAUGUGUUGGGUAACUUCAUGGCUCGGGCUAUAGCGGAUGAUUGUAUUCCGCCCAAGUUUAUCAAGUCUUACAAAGGCAACGUCGAGACGGAUUACGCCAAGGCUUCGCUUCGGCGAGCCGAUAACUUACUGUCAAUGAAACAUGGGCUCGUCCGCUUGGAUAAUGUGUGGGGUGUCGGCGGGGGCAUCCGCCCAGUUAAAUACCUCAUCAAAAAGAUCGUUAUGCUGCUCAAGGAAUACCUAUGCUCCGGUGAUAUACAGGAGGCCACCUUGUGCUUAAAGGAACUUGAAGUGCCCCACUUCCAUCACGAAUUGGUUUACGAGGCCGUGGUUCUUGUGAUUGAAUCAAUGCACGAGAAGACGGACGAAGCCAUGUGUAAGCUUCUUCAAUCGCUCUUCAGAAGCUUCAUCAUCACCAUGGAUCAAAUGCGCAAGGGAUUCGAAAGAGUGUAUGAUUUUAUGCCGGAGAUAGUCAUUGAUGUUCCUCCUGCGUACGAAGUCUUGGAACGUUUUGUGUUGCGAUGCCGUGGUGCGGGCAUUCUGACCGAUGAGUUGGUCCGUAAGAUGCCCUCGCGUGGUCGAAAGCGUUUUGUGUCUGAGGGUGACGGUGGGCGUGUCAAGGAGAACUGGUGGUAAAUCAUCUCGAGUCUGGCUGAAUCACCCCUAGUCUCAAACCCAGGCCCUGUCUACAAAUACUAAGACCCCCUGCUAUGUCUCGUCCCCCAUCACCCUCGCCCCGCCUCUUCUGCCGACUCCUCAUCUCCUACUCCUACUUCUUCCCUUUUCUUCUUGUUCUAAGGGCCAGCCAAUGACUUGGUGGGGUGGACAACUAACUCGAUCUUGUUUGAAUCCUCUAACCGUGGCGAAAUGAUGAACCGUGGCCGAGAUCUAUUUGUUCCCCCAAUACUACCGGCUGAACUAGUAUAUCCCUUGUCGUCCUCAUAAUUAUAUGCCAAUAAAUUUAAUUUCAUUUUAA